CUUCCUUCUCGGAGACAGUGACUACCUGUCAGCUGCUGUUUCUGACUCAAUAUGCUGCGCUGCCACAGCUCCCAGUCCAGAGUGGACCAUCUCCCCUCUGAAGACCCAGCGGGUCACAGUCACCUCGGGUCAAACAGAUCUCCGGUGUGCACACCCGAGCAGUCUGCAUCACCGUUAAUGAGCCGCCACAAGGAACCUACACAGUCAUGUCUUUCCACAAGCCGAGACUUGCACUGUCCAGUCUGCCUGCAGACAGCCAGUUUCCCAGUCCAGACGAACUGUGGCCAUUUAUUUUGUGCUCCCUGUCUGAUCGCCUAUUGGCGGCAUGGCUCCUGGUUGGAUGCCAUCAGCUGCCCUCUCUGCAGACAGAAGGUCAGCGUGCUGUGUAACCUAUUUAACGAGAGCCGAUCAGACCGUCAGUCAAAGGAAGUUCUUGGGGAAAUCACAGACUACAACAAACGUUAUUCUGGAGCCCCGCGAAGGGUAACAGACUACCUGUGUGACGCGCCUCUUCUCCUGCAGUUACUGGCCCGUGGUCUGGGUACUAUGGGAGGACUUGUGUGGUUGUUUUUCUUCAGGGUGGCCCUGUGCUGUGUGGGGACUGUUGUGUCCAUCUCCUCCCCUCCUCUGGACCCUGUCUCCUCCUCAUCAACUCCCCUGGAAACAGACCCAUCCCUGUGUGGCCUCCUGGGGGUCCUUGACGACCUGGUGGUUGUCAUCCUGCUCCUUAUCUGUGUUAUCAACAUCAACCAGCAAAUGACACCAGAGAGAGAAGGACGCUCUGCAAACGCUGCAACCUCACAGGGAGUUAUGGGGAAUUCACUGUAG